AUGCAUGGCACUCUAGCGGGGAUUUUUCAAGCUAUUAACUGGUUAGCGAAUAAUCAACCUGGACAUGAGCACAGGGAAGUGGAAGAACCCAUGGUAAAUCUUGGAGUGCAGGGAGUAGGAAGUAGUGACGGGGGUCAGCUGUUGAAGAACUUCAUGGCGCUUCGACCGCUAGAAUUUAUUGGAGGGAUAGAUAUAGCAGCGGUAGAAAAUUGGAUGCUUUCUAUAGAAAAACACCUUCGCUCUAUGGGUUGUACGGAAGCCCAAAAUGUGCAGAUGGGAACAUUCCUCCUUAGAGAUGAUGUAGAGAAAUGGUGGGAGACAGUUUGUCAAAGGUAUGCCCCUGAUUUGAUUUCUACAGAGGAGAAGAAGGCUUCUAAGUUCCAGCAAGGGUUGCAUCUCGAGAUCCAACAUGCAUAUGGUGGUGUGAGAGUUACAAAUUACCCCAUAGUGAUGCCGAGGGCUUAUGCCAUUGAGCGUGAUUGUGGAGAGUGGAGAGGAGCCCGGGCCUUUUUUAAAGGAUCCAAAGCUUCCCAGGGAUCUACCAGUAGCAAGAAGAUGAGGGAGAACCUGGCAUGGCAUGUACGUAGGGAUUACCCACGUAGUUUGGAGGUCUCAUCCAUGCUCGAGGUGACUUGUUAUAGAUGCGGGCAGCAGGGGCAAAUGGAGAACACUUAUUCUAGAGCAAUGCCAAGUCGAGGCCAGAGAUCAGAAGGGUUGAGUCAGAGGGGUACUCAUAGGCCAGCAGCCUCUAGAGCUUUAGGAGCAGGCCCACGAGGAUCUUCACCGGUUACUCAGCAUUCCGUUGCUAUGGAGAGUCCUCAGGUGCAGGGCCGAGUGUUUUCUCUCACAGCAGCUGAGGUGGAGAAGGGGGCCAGUACUAUCCAAUGUAUUCUUUCAUUAUAUAAUCAUGAUGUUCGUGCUCUUUUUGACACAGGGUCCUCGCAUUCAUUUAUUGCAUUGAAUGCUGCGAGUCAUGUACCUCAUCCACGGAUUGUAUUGCCUUUCCAUUUGAUUGUAUCCACCUCGGGAUGUAACCAGUUAUGGGGUAGAGAGGUACUUUUUGACUAUGAAAUUGAAGUCCAUGACAGGAAAUUACCAGGAGACUUAGUGAUCUUGGAUCUUAGAGACUUCGACCUUAUACUGUGGAUGGAUUGGUUAGAGUCAGGGAUGAAGAUGUUCAAAGACAACAUUCCGAACUCGCUAUGGUCAUUACGAGUUUGUUAUGAUGCCAUUCGGUUUGACAAAUGCCCCCAUGGUGUUUAUGGACUUGAUGAAUCGGGUAUUUCAAGAAAACUCAGAGAUAAGCAUUUGUUUGCAAAGUUUAGCAAAUGUGAAUUUUGUCUCCAUCAGAUAGGGUUAUUGGGUCAUAUCGUUUCUGGAGAUGGCAUAGUAGUGGAUCCUGAGAAGAUUAGAGUUGUUGUGGAUUGGCCCAGGCCUACUAUAGUGACCAAAAUUCGGAGCUUCUUGGGAUUGGCCGGCUAUUAUAGGAGAUUCAUCGAGAGCUUUGCCAUAUUGUCUUCUCCUAUGAUAAAAUUGACUUGUAAAAAUGCCCAAUUUAACUGGACUGAUGAUUGUGAGACAACAUUUCAAGAGUUAAAAAAGAAGCUAACUACCACUCAUGUGUUGGCUAUUCCUAGAAGUGGGGAGAAGUUUAUUAUCUUCAGUGAUGCCUCAUACACGGGCCUAGGGUGUGUAUUGAUGCAAGAAGGACGUGUGAUUGCUUAUGCUUCCAGACAACUAAAGAAACAUGAGGUAAAUUACCCCGCUCAUGAUUUAGAAUUAGCGGCUGCGGUUUUUGCUUUGAAAAUAUGGAGACAUUAUUUAUAUGGUGAAAAGAUAGAAAUUUAUAUUGAUCAUAAGAGUCUCAAAUGCUUUAAGCCGACGAUGAGCCUUUAUAGCCAUGAUGAUGAUACAGGAGUGGCAGCUGUUGGAACAAUUGGAUGA